AUGGGUGAAGAAUUAAACCAGGACCGUAGUAUCAAGGAGUAUAUGUACCCAACUAGGGAAAGCCAACCCUCUUGCAUCAUUCUACCAGCUGAUGCUGGUCGGUUUGAACUGAAAGCAAGCACAAUUCAUAUGUUGCCUGUGUUUAGAGGGGUUGAUGCUGAAAACCCCUACCACCAUGUCAGAGAUUUUGAAGAUAUUUGUGGGACUCUGCGUUUUAACCAAAUGCCGGAAGAGUCUCUGAAACUGAGACUGUUUCCUUUCUCUUUGAAAGAAAAAGCUAAGUCUUGGAUGUAUGCCUUAGAACCACAGUCCGUUAGAACAUGGGAUGAGCUUACAAAAGAAUUUUUUAAAAAGUUUUUCCCUAACCAUAAGACUGCGACCUUUCGUCAAAGUCUGAAUGUUGAGUCAAUGUGCAAUGGUUUAUUUAUUGACAAGAGUGCUAAUGAGGCUUGGACUUUCUUAAUCAAAGUCGCCGAAAAGACUCAGCAGUGGGAGUCCAUCAGUGAACCUAAAAAGACUGCCCCUGUUGAUAAUGUUCGUAGAAUUGAGUCCAACUUUGAAGAACAUGCAAAGGUUGGAUCCUUGGAUAGGAGAGUAGAAGUGUUAGAGAUGCAGAAGAAUGUGAAAACUACUGCCCCUACUCUCCGUGACCAAAUUGAAAUGGCCACUUGUGCCGCAUGCCACAGUUCAGACCACCUAGUGGAUAGUUGUCCAGACCUACAUGAAUUUCAAGAGUCUAGAGUUGAACAUGCUAAUGCUUUAUAUCAUAAGCAAGAGAACAACCCUUAUUCUCAGACCUAUAACCCAGGGUGGAGGAAUCACCCUAACUUUUCAUGGUCUAAGGGGCAUAUUCAGAAAAGUGCAUUUCAGGCAAGCACGUCAACUUGCGAUGAGCCCUCACAUAAUCAAGUGAAUGUUGUCACUACUCUUCGUAGUGGUAAGGUUGUUGAGAACAAUGUAGGUGUACCACAGUCAAAAGAGUCUAAUUCAGACUUACAAAUGCACACCACACCACAGAAAACAUCCAGUAUAGAAAAAGAAUCUGAGCAAGAUAGUGACUCUACGAAUUCUACUGAUGUUAAUGUUCCAAUAUCAUCGUCUGUGCCUGUGGCCCCAUUUCCUCAAAGGUUGAUGCAAUAA